ACGCGUACAUGAGUCAACGCCGAGAUUGACUCUUGCGCUGUUAUAAACACCAUUGACAGAGCCAUGAAAGAGAUUCAACGCCUCAUACCUCAAGAUCAAAAUGGAGUCUAUUCCCCCUUCAUAUACUCCUUCCCCACCAUCGCCGUCAUACUCGACACAGCUUCUCCCAGGGGAGCAAACGGUUGAGGAGACUCGACGACGGUCUCUACAAACUCAGAACAUCGGAGUCUUUCGUAGAAUAACAGACAGCAUCACACUUGUUUUAAAAGAUCAACCGCUAGGGAGCAUAACGCCUGUUUACGGAAGAAAUGGACGCGUUCGAGGUCACAUAUUUUUGCGAAGUUCAGAAGGCCUCGUAGAGGUCACCUUGAAGCUCGAGGGUCAUCUUCGUCUUGAGACAUCAGGGGCAGCCAUCACCACAUUGGUUGUAUCUGAAUCGUAUUCUUUGUGGAGUUCUUCGUCCACUGCCGGUAGUCCUUGUCCUAGGAACCUACCGUUUGCAAUAUCCUGUCCUUCUAUUUUCAUGGAUGGAUGUCAACCGCAACCUUUACCCCCCUCAUUUGAGAACAAAUUUGCGACGUGCUCUUACACUCUCAGCGUCGUAGUCUCAAGGCCUCGGCGAUUCUUAUCUUCUAAUGAUUCCCUCGUGGUACCCGUAUGCUAUCAUCCACGUUCUCGCCCACACACAUCCAUGCUUCCGAGCGACGUGCCGUUCAUGACCACGGUGAAGAGCUCCCCCGAAGAAUGGCAUCAAGUACUCUCCACCAUGAAUGCAACACAGAGUUCUAGGCUCGCGCCGGUACAAUGUCUUCUCUUUAUUCCUUCAGUACAGGUCUAUCCAUUUUCUGAGACCAUACCGUUCCACCUCCAAUUGCGUGCCCCAUCGAGUUCACUAGCUCCAUUCUUGGACAAAUUUGCACCUGAUCACAGCCUUCCUGUGCUCCCCUCAGGAAAAAUCAACAUCCGCGUCUACUUACUCCGCCAAGUAGUUGUCAAAGUCUUCGAAAAACAAAAGGUGUCCAAACGAAUAAUAGGAGAAGGCAAAUUGACAUACUCCUCACCUCUACCCGACAAUCAUCACUCAUAUCGCAACGUUCCUCUUGGGGAGGGCAUUGACUGCUUGGACUGGGAUGGGGAACUGCGAUGUACCGAAGAUGUCACGGUCGGAAGCUUCGCAACAAACCCGCUUUCGGUUAAAGAUUUUAUUGUGCUCUCCCUGGAACCCCUGCAGCCACUCAAAUGCCCACUUCUUGCGUCAAAAUACUUCCAUCCGAUUCGUCUGGUGACAGACCCAUGGUCGGAUCACGCAGUGACUUGGUAGCAUGGCUGGGACCGAUUAUUUACAAGAUCAGCCCGCUGCGCACGGCUCUCUUCCGCAUAGUCUAUUAUCUAUUAUUUAUACGUACUUAUAUCUCCUGGUCAGGUUAUU